AUGUUGUCAACUAGACCGAAGUUUCUAUACCUCACCAACAAACAACUACAAACAAUCAGCAAGAGACUUAUAUCGUCCACCUCCAAAACAUCAAUCAAUUCUUCCAAGUUACUAAACUUAUCAAAGACAUUCUUCCGAUCACUUCCCAAAACUGAUCAACAACAGUACCUGAAACAGAGCAAGAAUGUGGCUCUUGUGUCUGGCAUCAUAAUAGUUGGAUCAUACAUUGCUUUCAACCAAUCAAAUUACUAUAGUUUGGAUACAUUGCCACUGCUGCCCCCAUCAUCUCAAGUCACGGCGGCGGCGGCGGCGGCAGCAGCAGCAGCAGCAGCAGCAGGAACUGCAGCAAACCCCACGGCAGGCUCAUUUGCAAAACCAAAAUUGUUGGAGGACAAGAAGCUAUUUUCGACUUCGACGUCCUCAAUGCACCAAGAGAAUAGCAUUAGCCAUCAACAGCACAAAGAAGGCAUCUUUUUGUUGAAUGAUGAACAAGUUGAUGCAAAGUUGCGCCAAUUUGAAGAAAGCUAUUUUGUUAAUCGUGGCAAGGGGGUCAUGAGGUAUGAUAUAUGUCAAUUGCCAUCAAACUCGCCCAUUGAAGAUGAUAGAGCUGAAGAAAUUAUACAAGUACCAAUUUUGCAAGAUAAUAACAUUAAAACCACUACUGAUUGGUUAUUUUUUGGCGUGUUUGAUGGGCAUGGUGGUUGGACUACUAGUUCCAAAUUGAGAGAUGAGCUAAUAAAUUAUGUGAUAAAUGAGUUGGGUACCAUUUAUAAACCUGUGCAAGGCGAAGAGAAUCUCAGAUAUGUACCAAACAGUGCCACUAUUGACCAAGCCAUAAGGAAUGGGUUUUUGAAGUUGGAUCACGAAAUUGUCAACAAAAACAUUGAAAAAUUGCUCACUGAUGGAAAUAAAGCCAAAGCUGCGGAAUUGUUGAUGCCUGCAUUAUCAGGAUCUUGUGCAUUAUUGUCGUUUUACGAUACAAAUUCCAAAAUGCUUAAAGUUGCAGUGACGGGAGACUCUAGAGCCAUAUUGGGCUCGUUCAAGAAUAAUCAUUGGACUGCUAGACAGUUGAGCAUCGAUCAAACCGGUUCAAAUCCAACUGAGGUGGCAAGAAUCAUUAGUGAACAUCCAGAUGAGCCAAAAGUUAUACGAAAUGGACGUGUCUUGGGCAGUCUUGAACCCACUAGGGCUUUUGGUGAUUGUCGAUACAAGCUUCCCGCUUCAAUACAAGAACGUAUAUAUAAGCAAUUCUUUGGCAAGAGGCUACCCAACCAUUUAACAUCUCCUCCAUACGUUACAGCUGAACCAGUUAUCACGACCACAAAAAUCAAUCCCGACAAUAAUGAUUUUUUGGUCAUGGCAAGUGAUGGAUUAUAUGAGAUGUUGACGAAUGAGGAAAUUGUUGGAUUAGUAGUCAAGUGGAUGGAAAGGGAAAAGAUGGUUAAGCCGCAAAAGUCAUUUUGGAACUUUUUCGGCAAAGUUGGUGAAAACAAACUUCCUGAGGUGGAAGACAUCACCAUGGACAAGGCCAGUAAGAAACCAAUUAGGAAAUCUACCGGUGGAGGCAGUUUCUUGUUGCAAGAUAAAAACGUGUCGACGCAUUUAAUUCGAAAUGCAUUGUCGAAUGGAGGGUCGAAAGAGCAAACGUCAAUGAUUAUAUCGAUACCUAACCCUGUAUCGAGGAGGUAUCGUGAUGAUUUGACUGUGACGGUUGUGUUUUUUGGUAAUGAUUUGAAGGAGGCUAAUGAAAAUGGCACUUUGGAAAUCAAUGCUAGUGCAACUGCCGGUGGGGUUGGUGCUUCUAAGCCUAAAUUAUAG